UUUCAGGAUUUGCCAUCCUUUCCUAGCACAGCCUCUACAUCACAGGAAGACCAUGAAAGCAUUUUAGGAACCACUUCCUCCAGGAAAUUGAGAGUAACUCUGUUAAGCAGUGAAUGGAGAUCAACAAAAGGAGGCUUGUCAACUAUCAACCGAGAGCUGGCCAUUCAGUUGGCUAAGGAUCCCCAAACGGAUGUCAGUGUUUAUCUCCCUCAGUGCAGUCAAGAGGAUAAACGAGUUGCUGCAAGUCACAAUGUACAUCUUAUUGAAGCAGAAGAAAUGCCAGGUUAUGACAACCCAGUAGACUGGUUGUCCUUUCUUCCUGAAAGCCAUUCUGUCGAUUGUGUGAUAGGACAUGGGGCUGUUCUUGGUCGGCAAGUGCAGGGUAUAAAACGUCAGUGUAAGUGCCAGUGGAUUCAGGUCGUUCAUACAGCUCCUGAAGAGCUUGGUAUGUACAAGUCCUACGCAGAUGCUAUUUCAAAAGGUGAGAAAAAGCACCAGGCUGAGGUAAAACUCUGUGAAAAAGCUGAUCAAGUUGUAGCAGUUGGUCCCAAGCUGGCUGAAGCUUUCUCAGGUUAUCUCCGUGCCUGUGGAAAGGAUCAAGAUGUUCUCAAUCUUACCCCAGGCAUCUUCUCUGAAUUUUCUGAGGUAAAUCAAGCCACUGAAGAAAGAAAAACAUUCAGUGUUUUAGUAUUUGGACGUGGUGACAAUGAAGACUUUCAGCUAAAAGGAUAUGACAUCGCUGCUCGCGCUAUUGCCGAGUUGAAAGACGAGCCACAGCCCUAUAAGCUGUUGUUUGUUGGAGCUCCAAGUGGAGAAGAGGAGAAAGUGAAAGAUUUGUUACUUAAGCAAGGCAUUGAUCGAAGUCAACUAACUGUGCGUUGUUUCAAUGAAAGCAGAGAGCAGUUAGCCCGAUUGUUUUGUGAAGUAGAUCUUGCUAUAAUGCCAUCACGAACUGAGGGCUUCGGUCUAGCCGCCCUUGAGGCUUUAUCUGCUGGUCUGCCUGUGCUGGUCGGUGGGAACUCUGGUCUUGGCGAGGCCUUACAGGAAGUUCCAAAUGGUUCAAACUGUGUGGUGGAAUCAGAAGAUCCUAAAGAUUGGGCCAAUGCAAUCAAAGCUGUUCGGAAGAAAAAAAGGAAGCUUCGACUGAGAGAGGCCAAGCUUCUUCACGGAGAGUAUGCAGAGAUAUACAGCUGGCAGGAUCACUGUAAUAGACUUGUGGAACGAAUGCUUGCCAUUUCUCAAGGUAACUGGUUCACUUUUUAAUUCAAAUUGGUCUUGGUAUUGUGUAAUCUGCUGGCAUUAGGAAAUGUAAGUUCACGCAGUUAUAACUACAACGUGAGUGAAAACUUCACAACGACAAAUUUAUCAACCUCUUGUUAAUAACUCCACCAGAGAAGUCCACCUACAUUUGCCAAUUUCUGAGAGUUUCAAAAUCGCGAUACGUUUCAACGUCUUCUUCCCAACCAUGAGGGUCAAAAGUAACGAAUUAUUCUAUUGCUACAUUUGUGUUUUUUUUUAUGUAGGUCCCAGUGCAGAUGCGCAGAAUUUAUCUAAGAAAACCACUGUGAUCUGUCAUGAUGAAAAGCCCCCUACAACUGAAAAACAUCUUUAUAAAGGUACAGUUGAAUCUUAGAAACAUAAACAAUAUGUCCACAAGAGCAAUUCAUUGGUUUCUAUGUAGGAAGGACUGGGAGAUGUACUUAUUCCUUGUGGGGAUGUUAAAUAACUAAGAAAUGGUCGAAGCAUUGAACAAGACUCGUUUAAGGCUGACUUACAAGGUCAAAACGUUUUCACACUGGUUACAGGUUAACAAUGUUAGAUGCCGAGAAAUAAUACUCGUUUCAAGUUUACGUUUUUCGUGCUAAAUAGGGUAAUGGGUCACAGCAUAAGGAAAUUGCAUUUUAUCAUAGAGGCUUGGUUGUUUUGAAUAUUGUAGGUUAUUUUCAGUGAAAUUUUCAGCUUGCGACAUCUAAAUCCUGGCCAUUGUUGGGUGUCGAGGUGAUAAGUAACAAUAGACCUCUUUAGAUUGUAUGUUUUGUUUUUCAAUGCAGGUCAUGUGUUAAUACUCUAGGGGACUGUUUCUUUCAAAUUAUAUCUUAUUCACGUGCAAACAUGAUCUGCGCAUAAAAAGAGACAAAGCGUCUAGUUCCCUCUGGACCUCUAUUGAGAAAACAACAAUGGAUUUCAGAAUCCGGGAAACUUUUGCUUGUGGAAUCUGGAAUUCAGGAAUUUUUUUGUGAAAUCCGGAAUCGUUGGCCUUGGAAUUUAACGAUUUGAAUCCUAAAUCCAUUAUCUGGAAUCUGGAAUCCCCAAUGUGGACUCCAGAAUCCAAGUCUUUCUUCUUCUGUGUUUUUGUUUGAUUAGUUCAAUUCAACAGAGCUUUGCAGCGUCUGGAAAUUACAACGUUCAGGGCUUGAACGCGCGACAGGUCUUUUUCAAACUUCGUUAACAGAAAAGCCACAUUUAUGUAGCUAGUUCGUACAAUAUUCUAUUUAAAAAUAAUGGUUAUGAAGAUUGACUAUCAGUGUUUAUUAUUCUAUCAAAAUAUUUCGCCGUUUCUGAUUGAUUUUUCAAGGAUAAGUUAUAAAGACCUGACGAGGAAAACCCGUUCAAUGGACAUUUUUCAAGAGUCGACUUUUAAAGAUUCUUCGUUGAUAGAAUGGCCACAUUUAAUAGAAUUGCCACAUUUAUGUGGCUAGUUCGAACAAUGUUUUAUUUUAAAAAAUUGCAAAUAUAAUGGAUAUAAGGAUUGACUAUCAGUGUAUGUAGGGUAAAGGUAAAAAAAAAUAUAAUAUUGGGGAAAAGUACAAAACAAGUAUUUGAUUGGAUUUUAGGCUCGGCAAAGAAACGCCAGUCUUCCAAGAAAGGCAAAAGGCCGUUAUCUUCAAGUAACAUUGCAGCUCCAAAGUACCCAAGGCUAUUGAAAGAUGAAGGUAAGGUUUGUUUUUGUUCAAGUUUGAAUAAGAGUUAGUUGUUUCUUUUCAUGUAUAUUGUAUAUGUACAACCAUCUUAGUGGGGAAGAUGUUUUUCCGCAGUGUGUGAUACAGGUGGCUCGUAAAAAAAUUCAAAUACUCCCCGAAUAGGAGUCGAACCUAUGACCUUCUGUUUACAGGUAGAGAUGCUCUACCACUGAGCUACAGGUGACUGGUGGGAGCUUAGGCCACUAAACUAGGUUCACGUUACAAACAUCCUGAAAACUGCUCCAAGGACUAUAGGACUAGUAUCACACACUGCAUCGGAAGUAACACAAAGUGGGUGAUUUUGUGUUCCUUGAUUGAGGCUUUAUAAUGCCCGUACGGCCCUGCUUCCGGUUUAAAGUUGGGCUGUCACAAGGCUUGAGUCGCUCUCAUUCACGCUUGGAGCAGAUUGUACGCUUUCCACGUCUGACCCACUCUCCCAAUUUCGAAACGUGCUUCAAAACACCCUCAAGCUACAAUAAGGCUCAUUUAGAAUUUUGAGCACAUUUUGGCCAAAAAUGUAGUCAAGUCGCGCUACAGUUGCUUGAGUGAAAGAUUAUGCAUGGUCAACGGUUUAGUUCCUAACUCAGUGCUUUUUGUUUUUUGUUUUGUUGUUUGUUUUUUUUUUGUCACUACCAGAGGCGCAGCACAAAAAAGUUUCCUCUUGGUUUAUUUGUUUGUUCUCAGUUAACAAAUUUUCCAUCUGAAGUUUGUUAACUCUGACAAGAUAAACGAAGCCUUUCUGAGAGUUAUGACAUUUGCCUAAAGACUUUGAUGGAUCACCAAUGAUGUGUUACAAAAGCAAAAUCUUUAAGGCGACGUAAUUUUACAAAGAAUGCGUUUUACGUGUAAAUGUGGCAGAAGAGUAAUUGUGGCAGUAUACUUUAGAACUUUUUGAUUUAAUCCCAAUAUGAUAAAGAAGUUAGUUUUUGUGGUGCUGUAUCAUGCAGUGAGGAAAUAAAACACAGAAAUUUGGUAUUAACUAAUAAGUUAAAAAAUUUGGUGCGAGCUCCAGCUGUCCGAUAGUUACUGUUCCUUAGCUUUCCUUAUUCAACGUUGUCUUGUGAAGCCUAUCUGCGCACAGCCAGAAAGAGCAAAUAGUGAGUUCACUAAAGGUGAACUUACGCAAAAGGAAGCCGAAGGAAAGAAGACAGCAAACCUUGAGUGAGAAGCGUGUCAAUGAUUUGUUUCAAAAUUUUUCCGCCAAACUUCACUUUCCUUUAAACACAUCUCAGUUUAAAAGACCAGAGUACGUUAUUGGUAAAUGAAAAUCACGACAAAACUCGUAAUUGAUAACCCGUUCAUGUUUGUCACACAGAAACGUUUUGCCGACAUCUCAGUCUUUCUGUCGUCCUUUUGCGUAAGCUCCUUAAUUUUAAGGAACGACGGUAAAGAUUUUCAGGUGGCGUAUAUAUUUUAACUUACUCACAAGCCACUGAAGGUAGAAAGAAUUUUCGGUCAUUCUACUGAUCAAAUGAAUGAGAGGUCAGUAUUUUACAAAUUAAUGAAAAAUACUUCCGAUCUUCUUUUUCCAGCAGACUCGUACAUCUCAGUUGUUGUGAAACUUCUCAAAGCUGAAUACAAAAGGCGCUCACAGUUAAGACCACUUCUUUGGGAUAGCACCAUCGAGUUACCCCUGGAUGACGUCUACACAAGACUUAAAAUCGUUUCAAGGCGAAAAGCAGACUUCCGGGUGGAUGAUAACGAGGUAAAUGUGUUGGACAUCUUCAGAGCUCUUGACAAAGGUGAGGAUGUUAUGACGCUUGUUGAAGGAAGUCCAGGAAUCGGUAAAACUACGUUUUGCCUUAAACUUGCGUAUGACUGGGCACAUGGAAAAAUCCCAGCCGAGUGUUCUUUUCCCAAAUUCGAGAUCGUGUUGCUUUUGAAAUGUCGAGACAUACAUGAAGAUAUAAUGGAAACCAUCAGUGAACAACUGUUGCCAGAAGAUAUGGAGGAGAAGACUAAAGAAAGACUAUUUGAUUUCAUUAAGGACUUUCAUAACCAGGAGAAAACUUUAAUCAUUUUGGACGGUUUGGAUGAGCUUCCCAAAGAUUCCGAACGAUAUGUAGAUAAACUGCUUCUAAGAAGAAUUUUAUCAUUUUGUUAUGUUUUGGCUACCUCCAGACAAGAGAGGGGAAUUGAUGUACGGAAAAGGUACGGCUUCGAUAUCCUCUUGGAGAUUAAAGGAUUCACAGAGAGUGAUGCUUUUGAUUAUAUCCGAAAACAUUUUAAAAAUGUUGGUCCCUUGCAUUCAUCAAAGGGAGAAAGUCUCAUUAAGGAAAUGGAAGAAAACACUCUGUUACAUGCCCUGCGAAAUAAUCCUCUAAAUUUACUUCUUCUUUGUGUUAUUUAUGAGGACUAUGAGGGGAAUUUGCCGUCUUCCCGUUCUGAGCUCUACCAAGUUAUUGUACUGUGCCUUUUAAGGAGACUUUGCGUUAAACACAAUCUAGAGGCUCCUAAAGAAAACAGCGCCUUAGAGAAACAAUUUGAAGAGACCAUUCUCGCACUUGGAGAGUUAGCUUGGUUGUGUUUGCUGAGUGAUCGCUAUUGUUUUCUUGAAAGUGAAUUAGUUGCGCUUGAAAGAAGAUACAAAGGAUUAGUAUCUCGUCACGUAGGCCUAGUUUACAAAGAAGAAAGUCUGAGCAGGUUAAAGCCUCAACAUGAGUACUAUUUUCUUCACAAGACCUUCCAAGAGUACCUGGCUGCCGCCUUUAUUGCUCACAAGUUGCGAGGAAACCAGUUAAGGUUGUUUGAGCGUCUUAGUUUUCAUGAACUAGUGAAAAAGUAUCGAGAAGUGUUUCUUUUUGUUUCUGGUAUACUUGGGAGAGAUGCAAACAUUUUAUUCACACAGAUUGGCGAGGAGCUAAAAAACUGGGGAAAAUGGGACUGGGUCUGGUGCACACAGUCUGGAGUGGUGACAAUGGAUGACCGAGAGAGGGAAGAUGACUGGGAUGACUGUCACAACUACGACGAGGGGGACCAAGGCUGGGAAGCAGCAACUUUCCUUACGAAAAGCAUCAGUGAAACUGGACAUGCUGAAAAAAUGGCAGAGACCUUUUGUUUCUGCUUACCGUUUCCUGCGCAUGUUGAGAUUACCCUUCCUUCCAGUUAUUAUAUUUAUCACGUUUUAGAGGCCUUUAGAAAGUUUUCAAAUUUGCAGAAACCAGUUUGCCUUACGUUUCAUGAUCGACUCAGACUGAAAGACAGUGACUAUCAGACUGUUGUAGAGUACAUACAAUUUUGCUCUGAGCUUCAGACUCUUAGUAUUUUUACCCCUGCGAUGAAAUCAGAUCUAGCCAUAGCCCUACGUAACGGCUUAUCCGGAAACACGACUUUAUCAGAGUUUACUCUUGAAGUGUGUGGCAGUAUCCCUUGUGAUGCAGCUGUUGCCAUCGGUGAAUUGUUGGCUUCACGUAAAUCCUUGAAGAACGUAAAAUUUCUACUUCGUAGAGUACACGGCGUAGCUUGGGCCAAUACUAUUGAAACUGGAUUGUCUGCUGACACUCUUUUGUCGUCUGUGAGCCUCAGCGUUCGUGGGUCAUUGAGUGAUACCGCGGUCCACGGAUUAGGAAAGCUGUUAUCAAAUGAAGCUGUAACCUCAUUUUCCCUGAAUAUUUUUGGGGACAUGCAAGACUUCCUAGCUACUAUUAUCGGUAAGGGAAUCGCACAACAACCCGCAUUAAAGUCGUUCAAUCUUGGCGUCAGUGGCGACCUUAGUAAUUUUGCUGUUAAUGUGCUAGAAAAAGGCCUUUUAGAAAAUCGUACUCUAAAGGAUUUGAAAGUGUCUGUCCGUGGAAGAGUUCCAGACAACUGGCAAGCUCUUCCGGAACGUGUUCGUUUGGGAAAUAAGGCGUUAGUUACUUUAAGUGUUUACCCAGGUUCGUGCGGAAGAAUAACGCAUAAUCAAUUGGCUUAUUUUUGUCCUGGUCCGGAUGUGGUCGAGAAAGGCUUUCAGACGAAACAACAUUUAACUGUAGUCCAUUGGGGUGAGCUGAGUUGUGAUGGGGCAGAAGCUCUAUUUAAAGCCUUGGUACUUUCCCCACUGACAAGCCUUACUUUAAAAGUGCAUGGAAAAUUAACUUAUACAGUGGCUAAUUGCAUUGCAAGAUAUAUAAGACGACACAAGACACUUUGUUCCAUGACGAUUGAUGUUUGGGGGGAAUUGGACCCAGAAACAGGUGCUAUUCUUCAGGGACUAUCGGGUAACCACGUAAAUGUCGAGGUAAAUGUUCAUGACGUCUUUGUCGUCCCAGACGAAUCGUGCAAUGGCCUUGAUGUCUGUAUUGACAGUAUUGAAUCACUUUCGUCAGUACUCAAUACAAUCAAGAAUACCAGAGAAGAAAAGAUCAAAUUAAAAAUCAUUAACGACGAUGGUGCAAGUAAAGACUGGACACACCUUGUUGGUGAUGCUUUGGCAGAAAACAAGACAGUAACCGCGCUCGAUGUUACGAUCAACAACUUAAUAAUAAACCCGACAGCAGACUUAGGGAAUGAACUUGGGGAGAGUUUGUUGCGAAGCUCUUCUCUGACAGUUUUAAAUCUCGCAAUCAACAACUACAGUAACAUGGCAAAAGGCUGGGAAUGUAGAUUGGUGAACUGCUUGGCCAAGGUGACUUCAUUAACUACACUCAGUCUUGCAAUUGAAGAUCAUGGGGCGCAGAGGACAGCAGAAAGUUUGGGUGAGAGUUUGAUGGUAAUGACUUCAUUGUCGACACUUUCCGUUGUAAUCAAUGGCAGUAAUUUGGAUGAAUUCUGGAGUUGCUUUUUGCGAAACUGUUUGGUGGAAAACACUUCAUUGUCCAUACUCUGUGUUACAGUUAACAACUACGAAAACAACAACGAGAAUGAAAACGACAACGAGAACGACAACGAUUCGGUUGAUUCGUUUUGUUACGUGUCAGCUGUCUCCGAUGAGUCUGAAUAUUGGUAUAAAGGUCUGGCUGAUGGCUUAGCGCGAACUGCAUCAUUAAACGAAUUGACUCUGACAAUGAACGAUUAC